UGACGCGUGUUUUGUUUCAGAAAUGGAGGACAGAGAAGCGCUGAAGAGGCAGAUUGAAUUAUUGCAAAAUCUCAUCAACAGCCACAAGAGCGUCCACGGCGACACGCCCUCACCCGCCGGCGAGUGGUGGCCCUUGGGGCCCGCGCCCAUCAGGGGCCGGGGCCGCGGGACCGAGUUCCUCCCCUCCUCAUCCUCGUCCUCAUUCCCGGCCCGGUCCAGACCGUACGGCCACCACACCACAGGACGCUGGAGGAAGACAUACUCCCUCAGCAACAAGAGCGCCCCUCCGCCCGGCAGCCAGGUCGCCACCGUGCGGAGCGUGCCCGCCGGCGCCGACCCCGCGGGGGGCGUGGCUUCGCCCUCUCUCGGGCACGCGUCCCAGGCCAGCUCCUCUCCAGCGGCUGCGGGGUCUCAGCUCGUCCUCCCUCUGAGCGGGAAGGAGACAAGCAGGCCCUUGGUGGCUGCACCCUUCGCCGCAGGUCUCCAUGGUAACGUGGGUCAGCAGGGGGAGGGAGGGAUUGGGACAGGAAAUGUUGGGCGGGGCGCUGGCCCGUCAGAGGCAGGGCUGACGGCUUCAGAGACGACAACAGGGUCUGUGGGCAGGACCCAGCAGCAUGGGAGAGAGGGACUGCCGGGGUCCAGAUUAACAAGCAGCCACCAGAGGGCGCUGAAGGCAGAAAGCACGACCAGUUUACCAGAAGUACUGUCCCUCGGUCUUCAGCCAUAUCUGGGGAAAGGCCAGGGCUUGCCUGUGGAAAUGGCCGCACCCCUAGCCAGUGGCAGAGGGACAGCCCUCUCCCCUCGGGGCCCAGAGAAGCCCGCGUCCGCCAGGGUGUGCCCCUCGGCUGUGCUGCACAUCAAGCCUCGUCUCCAGCGGAAGAACGAUCCAGCGCCCGCGUUAGCUGCCCCCGCUCCCCUUCCCCCACCUCCUCCCCCUCCCUCGCUCCCUGCUGAGCCAAGCCUGCCCUGCUCUCCCUUCAGGACUGUGCUGGCCCCCAGGUCUAAAGUUGACACCCCCACACCCCCCAGCCUGCCCUCUCCAAUCAGGUCACAGUUCACCUGGGUGAAGAGCAGUGGAGCACCGGCCAGGACGUCCACGCCCCGCAUCUCCAAAAGCCAGCCCACCCCCUCUCCCGGGGACACCAGCGCCGUGUCCCCGGCCCACCCAGGCAGGAGAGCUCCCCCAAAAACCCCCAGGUACACCUGGGUGUCGUCCUCCGCCCGGCUUCCCAGGAAGCCCCUCUCUCCCAAGGCGCUGGACACACCCCAGAGGGCCACAGCCGGUGGCGGAAACAGGAAACCCAGAUCUGGCAUCAGUAAUGCUACCAAACAGAAGAAGGGGGCGGAGUCAGGGGCGGGGCUGCCAGCGUCCUCCCAGGCCCACAGCAGCCGGUACAGCUGGAAGGCUGCGACACAGGACACCAAAAAUACAGUCCGUGGUGGGUCUGUGUACCGCUGGACCUCGGAGAAGGAGAAUGGCCCCAAAGAGGAGAGGGGUCCGGGCCCGCCCCUGUCCCAAGCCACGCCCAGCCCAACGACCCCCUCUCCUUCUGGGUUCAAGCUGAGGAGCAGGAUGAAGAUCAUCAGGAGAAGGUCCUCGGGCAGCGGCUCUGGUUCGGGUUCGGAGCGGAGGGCCAGCCCGGGUGUGGUGAUGGUGAAGAGCCGCUACUCGCUACGGCGGCGAGCCCAGACGCCCAGCAGGAGCCCGGCCGCUGCGCGGAAGGCCCAGUCCAGGGGGCUGGUGUCCAUCGGCAGGCACAAGCUCCGCCGCCUGUCCCUCUCCACCUCGCCCACAGCCUCAAAGACAGGACCCUCCUCUCCCUCACUGCGAAGUCCUGCCGCUCAGAGGGUCAUAAAGACGCGCUACAAGAUUGUGACUCGCAGAGGGAGUACAAGCCCCGCCCACGCCCCCCACCUCAGCCCUGCCCUGUCCUGGAGGGCCAAGAGGGUCCACUCUGCCAGGGUCCUUCUGCAGGGCCGCCUGCGGACCCCCCCAGACCGCUCUCCCACGUCUCAGCAGUGGAGGGGCAAGAGCAUGCGCUGGAUCGGGGGGGCACUCUAUCGCGUCUCCGCCAACAAGCUGUGCCGCACCGUGUCCACGAGCCCCCCCAGCAGCACCCUGACCCCCCGACACAGAGCAGGAAGGUGGUCUGGUCCACCGGAAGGGUUAUCUCCCAGCAGCCUUUGCAGGGCGUCUGUGGGCCGGCAGGUGUCCAGGUGGGCCCCGUCCCGGGCGGUGCAGCGGAGCCUGGCCAUCGUGCGGCAUGCUCGGCAGAGGAAGCAGCAGAACCGGCAGUACUGCAUGUACUACAACCGCUUCGGCAAGUGCAACCGCGGCCAGGACUGCCCCUACAUCCACGACCCCGACAAGGUGGCGGUGUGCACCAGGUUCCUUCGAGGCACCUGCAAACAGACGGAUGGCACCUGCCCUUUCUCACACAAGGUGUCCAAAGAGAAGAUGCCCGUCUGCUCCUACUUCCUGAAGGGCGUCUGCAGCAACAGCAGCUGCCCCUACAGCCACGUCUACGUGUCCCGCACGGCCGCCGUCUGCCAGGACUUCGUCAGAGGGUACUGCCCGCAGGGGGAGAAGUGUAAGAAGAAACACACCCUUCUGUGUCCGGACUUCUCCAGCACCGGCACCUGCCCCCGCGGCUCCAAGUGUAAACUGCAGCACCGGCAGCGAGCCAAGCGGGCCAGAACCAGCCAGAACCCAGGCCCAGCCAAACAGGCCCGCACUCAGGAUGCUCCACACGGGUCUGAGCGGACUGACAGAACACCGGCGGCUCCAUCAGAGUGCCCUCAGGCAGGCGCAGAGACACCCGCCUCGGGUCCUGAGAAGCUCCCCUCCUUUAUCCUGCUUUCCAGCUCCCCGGAACCCCCGGAGAGGGAGGAGUCACAGUCUGACACACCCCCUGCAGCGGGGUCAGAGGUCGUAGAGAAGAAACUCCAGAUCAAGCCACGCUUCUAGAACUGCUGCCGGAACGCGGAACCCCUGGAACUCCACCCCGGGACGUUCUAGAAAACCUCCGCCAGGGCUCUGGACGCUUCUGGAACGCUGCCAGCGUUCCCGCAAACCCCUGCAGAGACCCCAGGGCACCGUCAGUAAAGCUGCUGCCCGUGCUGUCUGUGUCUGGGCGUCUGUCUCACUGCGGGUUCACAAGACAUUAUCACACCGUUACCAAACCACAGUUUGUACAGAGAAGC